UGCACAGAACCAGUGAUGUAUUCCUAAAGCUAAUCCACGCAGCUCACAACACGUCUACAUUCACAUGAUGACAAAACUGAGCUCUGUCUGUUCUUUUCAAUCCAAACAGGCCAUCAUGACGAGCUCCUCUGAAACCCUCCAGUUCACGUUGCCCACACAUGGGGACUCCAUGCUCAGCAAUAUGAACAUUCUGAGAGAAGAGGGUCGCUUCUGUGAUAUCACGCUCGUUCUCGGGGAUGCGCAGGGCUCCACCGCCGAGCCUUUCCUUUUCCACGGUCACAGAGUGGUUCUAGCAGCAUCCUCGGAUUUCCUGCGUGACCAGUUCCUGCUCCACGAAGGCCGGGCGGAGCUGAGCGUGGCUGUAGUUUCCAGCGUGGAGGUUGCUGAGACUCUGCUCCUGUCCUGCUACACCGGGCUGCUGGAGGUCCCUCUGAGAGAGCUGGUGAGCUACCUAACUGCAGCCAGUGCUCUCCAGAUGGGCCAGGUGGUGGAGAAGUGUUCCCAGGCCAUUUCCCAGUUCCUCAGUCCCACCCUGGCUUUCUUGAAACUUGGGAGACACUCAGAGAAGAAGGAAAGGCAGUUAGAAGGCAGCUGGCUGGGCACCAGCUUUGAAAAUCAGAAGGAAGAGGAUGCAGCCCAGCCCAGUACCAGCAUCCAGGAAGCAAAUAUCAAGGAAAGGGGAGCGGCCGUGAUUCAGUCCAAGUUGAGGGUCAGCCAAGAAGCCGAGGUGGAUAGUCAAGGACUGAGGGAGAUUAGAGAAGAUUGGGAGGCUGUGAAAGCUGAAAGAGAGGAAUCUGAGGAUGCAGCAUGUUGUCUUGACAACCUGGAGUUGGAAGAAGUUGGAGAGAUUCAGCUUUUUCACACAAACAACCAGCGAUGUCACGUUCACCACAUUGAAGGUCCUCUCAAGUGUAGGCUGCACCACCCCGCAAGUUUCCAAGACAUAAUUUCCUCCCCAGCCUCCACAAUUGGAAGAAGCUCUGCAGCCAAUGAAGAACUGAUGGAAAGCACCCAGAACCAACACGAACCAGAACUAGAGGAGCCAAGGGAGGAGGAAAACACGCCCACGGCGGCAGCUCAGCGUGAAAAGGUGGCAGCAGGCAGCAUGCUGGUCCAGAGGCCGUACCUGUGCAGGAGGUGUGACAAAGUCUUCCAGCACCUGGAGAGCUACGUGGGCCACCUGAAGGAGCACCGGCAGUACUCCUGUUUGGUCUGUGAGAAAGGCUUUUCUCAGAAGAGUAACCUGACUCGCCACAUACGCGUCCACGCUGGUGCCAAGCCUUUCAGGUGCCCGCUGUGCCACAAGACGUUCACCCAGAAGGCCAUGCUGCAAGAUCACCUGGACCUGCACACGGGGGACAGGCCCCAUAAGUGCAACUACACCGCUGUGCACUUUGCCCACAAGGCAGGCCUCAGGUGCCACCUGAGGGAAGGUCACGGCAAGAGGAGCCUGCAGAACGUGCUCGAGGAGGCUGUGGACUGCCAGUGAGGUGGCCGGCUUAGUGUUAAUCUAAUGAUGGUGUUCAUAGUUGAUUGUUUCUGUAUCUUUUUUUUUUUUGGGGGGGGAUAGGGGUAAGAUGCUUUCUGGCACCUGUCAAAUAAGAUUAAAGCAGAUGCUGCAACAACAGCUUCUUCCAGAUUUAGAAUUGUGUUCUAGCAUUUGAUCUAUGUCGAUGCACAAAGUACUCAUUUUAUUGCCAUUUAUAAAAGUGAACACAGUCUCACAAAAGAGAUGAACGGUGCUUCAGCAGAUCUGGCAGAGCUUUAGCAAUUAUGACACGUACAGAAAAGCAAAAAUGUACUAAACAACAGAAGGUUAUUCUGAUUUACUAAGAAAUGAAACCGUGUGUAACGGUGUAUGAGCCGAAAUGGAAACUGUGUUCUGACGUUGCUGUAAUGACUGAAAAGCAGAAAUAAAAAUCCCCCGUUGUUCUAAAAGACAA